GCGCCGCACCGCGCGCACCACACCUACCGCCGGCACGACCUGCUCCUCCUCGACAACCUCGCAGUGUCGCACCGCGCGGCGAGCGGCGCGCACGACGCGUCCGCCGCGGCCGGCCUGCGCGUGCUCCACCGCACCACGCUGCGAGGCAGGCACUCGCUCGACCCGCCGCCCGAGUCUGGGCUCGCGCCCUUCGCGUACAUCUGGGGCGGGUGCCCCGCCGGCUUGGGCGCGCGCGGCGGCGUGUGGCAGGCGUCCGACCACUGGGGCGUGGGUUUCCGCUGGAACGGGACGGCGCCCAUGCGGAACUGA